AUGACUCACUUACUUUUGUUGGUAUCUCUUUCUACAUUAGUAUCAGGUGACACGUCAGUAGAAUCGUCACCUUUUUGGCAUUUACCCAGACUGUUUGGUUUGAAAAUUAGAAGAUGGCCGGAAGGAAUAACAACAUCUACAAUAAGAAGCAAAAGAUUAAUUGAACCUAAUGGCUGUGCAUGUAACAGAUUGAAAUGUGAAUGCUGUUCAAGGAUAAAUUUCAAUUCUUCACAUGAAGUUUGUUUAAAGAUCACCCUAAUACCCAAUGAAUUAACAUUGAGAACAGGAUUGUUCAGAGAUAAUGGUGCUAUCUAUGAAGGAACAAUAGGUCCAAGUACAGCCCCAAUAUGUGCCGUAAAUUUACCUGGAGUUUGCCUUGUGGUGAACCAUGUAAACAUCAAGCAGCUACAAGUUUGUACCAAGUUGAAUUAUGUCCUUUUCACCCUUGUAAAAUUCCCAUGUACAAGUAUUCAAGAUGGCAAAUUAUCUCUUAUGUCAAAUAUGUACAAAUAA